CUAGUAAUUCGGUGGCGGUGGCUGGUGGGCUGACGAUGACGACGGCGACGGCGACGACCACAAGCGGUGCAGGGACAACAACCGCAGCGCCGGUGACGUUCAAGUUCGCGGCAACGAAAUCGCCGGUCAGCUUCGUCAUUCCCAAGAACAAACUGUCAGGCGCUAUGGUACCGAGUGCGGCGGCAGCGGCGGCCGCGGCGGCCGCCGCCGCGACGGCGGCUGCGAAGGCGGAGGCGGCGGCGGAGGCGAAAGGCGCCGCUACGACUGGCGCAACCGCAGCAGCCGGGGCGGCGGCGGGUGGGGCGACCUCAGCUUCAGCUUCAUCGGGGGCGGCGACGGCGUCCCCCGCCGCCGCUAGUGCCGCCGCUGCCGGCGCUGCGGUUUCCCCGGCGGCGGUAGCGUUACCUUCUCCGGCGGCGCCAUCGCUGCAACCGCCCGCCGCCGCUUCUUUGCACGAAACUUCGACGAAAAAACCCCUGCCGCGGAAAACCAAGUGGGGACAGGAUUUGACCCAAGAUCCCGUCGUCAAGAGAGGCCGAGCGCUUGCGUUACAGACACGAAUAGAGCAGAUCUCAAUGCUCCUGGAAUCAUCAAGUGUGGUGGAUGAGCCAACAGCUGCUACUGCUGAUGGGGCCAACAGCGAGACGAAAAGGUCACCAUCCCCUGAGCCUGUUUUUGAUGCACAGGGACAGCAAAUCAACACGCGUCAGGCAAGGAUAAAGGAGCAGUUGGAUAUUGAGAGACGGGAAGCUAUCGGGGAGUGUAUGUUGCUGAAUCCACUUUUUAAGCCUCCAGCCGGCUACAAGCCCGUUCUCAAGGAGGCAAAGAUCUACAUUCCGGUCAAGGAGUUCCCAGGCUAUAACUUGGUUGCUCUGAUCGUUGGACCGCGAGGAAAUACACAGAGGCGUAUUGAAAUGGAAAGUGGUGCCAAACUUACAAUACGCGGAAAGGGUGCUGUGAGAGAUGGGAAGAUGUUGGCUGGGAUGCAGGGAGGGCGCAAGGAUGGCAAGCCUGGUGAUGUUGCCGAAGAAGAAGUUCAUGUUCACAUAUCAGCUGACUCUAUGGAGAAGGUGGAUGCAGCCAUAGCUCUUGUGGAGCCGCUUCUUUCACCAUGUGAUGAAGACAAGAGCAGUCAUAAGAGGAAGCUUCUUCUAAGAGGGAUAACAGAUGCCAAUGGUAACCUUCACGACUCUGGCAAAAUCUGUACGCUCUGCGGGGAAGGGACUCAUCGGGAGUGGCAAUGCGUGAACUACAAUCUUACUGGACAUGAACCAAAGGUGCGGUGUGACGUCUGCCACAAUGAUGGGCAUGCAACUGCAAACUGUCCUAAUAAGAAACUUGCACGAAAGGCAAGGAUGCUUGACAACGAGUACAGGAACUUUCUGCAAGAGCUCGGUGCUAGCGCCAUGCCCCCUACGAUGGUGCCUAUUGGUCCCAUUCCAGGGCCUUUCCCAUCGCCGCUUGGUCUGAACGGUCCGAACAUGUUUCCAGGUGCCAUGCCUGUUAUGCCAGGUCAUUAUAUGUUUCCAGGUGCAUUUCCUCCUGUGGCUGGGAAUCCCGAAGCAUUCUCUCUUCCACCAGAGCCCGGUGUGCCGGGGCUAUCGGCUGAGCCAGGGGUUCCAGGAUUGAGCAGCCCUCCGCCCGCGAACGCUGGAGGCGGUCAUGGUCAACUGAGUGCGGGUGGAAACAAUGUGUUGGGGGGAUCCGAGAACGCAGACGAGAAGGGGAAGCCAAUGCCGCCCGCUUGGGCUCUGGCAGUGGCACGUGCUAUCACCAAGGGAGCUGCAGCAGUGGAGGCGGCCUCGGAAGAGGAGAUCGCUAAGUAUGCAGAUCAUAUUGACAGUCCAGCAGCAGCAGCAUUGAAGGCGGCAAGGUCAGGGGUUGCUCCACAGGUGGUAAAUGGGGUAGUUCCGGCAGGGGGAGCAGUUGCGGCAGGUUUCCCGGGGGAGAUGGUUUCUUCCGGUUUUGCGGGACCCGUAGCCCCAGCCGGUUUCGCAGGGGGUGCUGUUGUCGGCAGCGUCAAUGGAGGAAUGGGCCCAGUUGGUUUUCCUCCUGGGCCUAUGCACUCGAUGGGACCUGGGCAGGUUCCUCUGCAAAAUAUGGGACCUGGGCAGGGGCUCAUCAUGCCUAUGGAUGGCUCUGUUCCAAUGGGUUUUCAGCCUAUGGGCCCAAUGGGUGGAGAGAUGGCCUUCUGGGCUCCAAAUGGAGGGGUAGAGAACGUUGCAAUCGAUCCAAACACAGGAAUGAUGGUGAAUGUAGGUGCGCAGAUGAGUGCCACUGAUGGCAGCUUCUUCUCUGGGCCAUAUAUGAUGGAUGGCUACGGCGUUGUCCAAGGGCCCAUGCCUGGGGUCAUGAUGCCUCAGAUGAUGACAAUGAAUCCAGGUCAACAGCAGCAGAUGAUUCCUCAGUCACAACAGCAACCACAGCAGCACCUGCAGCAGGUUCUGUAUGGCCAGUUUCCGCAGCCGGGACAGGAUCCAAAUCAAGGUCAGUUCAUCCAAUACCCUCAACAAGCAGCUGAACAACAGCAUCCCCAGUAUGUCCAAUACCCCCAGCAGGUUGUUGAUCAACAGCAGUUCGUGCCAUUCCAGGGUCAGGUGGCCCCCACGGGUCCCGAGCUUCAAAACCCAACAAUGCCAAUGCCACAUUCUGCAAAUCAAAUGCAAUGGCAAGGACAACCACAAGUUCAAGGGGGGGCAAUGGAGCCAGUGCCAAUGAUGUCAAAUCCACAGGCUGCAAUGGCGCCGAUGAUGCCGCAGGGUCAGAUGCUUCAACCAUCUGGUGCACCCCCUGUGGGAUGGUCCCAAAGGGAGCAAACAAUUGCAGCUCCGAACCCCUGGCCAAAUCAAGCCUCAGGACCCCCACAGCCUCAGAUUCAGCUCCCAAUGCAAGCUGUUCAACCCGGUCAAGUCCCAGUCCAAGGUGCACCGCUUCAGCAACCUCUUCAACCUGGACAAGUCCCAGUGCAAGCGGCACCACACCAGCCCCCACCAGCAGUUUCUGGUCAGGUUAUGGCGCCAAUGAUGGUUGGAGGUACCCAAGGGCCCCCUGCUGCUCAAGGAAGUGCUCCCAUUAUGAUGGCACCACCUUUGCCAAUGGGUCCCUCUCCUGGAGGUAUGCAAGUGGCUUCUGUGGCCGGGCCACCGCCCCCUACAUCUGCUCCACCAGGACCUUCACCAGCGCCGCCUUUACAAAUGCAACCUGGGCAGAUGGGGAUGCAGGCUCCCAUGCAACAGGGACCACCUGCGGGCAGUGUUAUGACAACACCGUCCUUCGAGAAUCCGGGGGCUGUUCCAGUUGCUAUGUCAACACCACAACCACCGCCAGGACUUCCUCCAGGAUCGUCAGGCGGGCGGAUGCCCGCGCAAACUUCUCAAGGACCACUGCCAGGAACUUUAUCUGGACCACCUCCAGCAGUUCCCCAAAAUGGGACGCCUGCAGGGUUGGGAGGUCCAUCGAUAACAGGUCUUGUAAGUGGAAUGGUUUCUGGUGCUCCCACGGGAACAAGCCUCCCAGGCUCCUCUGACCUGCCAGCUGUUCCAUCUGGAGGAACGGCACCUGCACCACAGACAACCAUGCAAGCAGGUAAAGCACCAAGUCAGUUUCCAGGGCAAUCCGGUGGACUGCAUCCCCAGUUCAAUCCAAAUUUCCCUGGAGGACCAAGACCGCCUGGGCCCCAAGGUGACACACAAGCUGUAGCACCAAUGGGGCAUGGACCAGCAGGUCCUGGACCACUUGCAGGGGCAUUCGGAGGUCCACCUGUGGGGUUUUCGGGGGGUCCGCAAGGAGGACCCCCCAAAGGAAAUGACCCCAGUGGACAGGACCUGCGACAGGCGGGUUUCAUGGACUACCACCCUCAUAUGCCAGCUCAUGGAUUAGUUCCAGGGCAGCCAGGAGGGCAACUGUUGACAGGCAGGGCACAGCCAGGACAAGGGGGUGGCCAACCAGGAGGGCAAGCAGGCAUACAGCCAAGAGGACACUUAUCUCAAGCAGGGGAGCAACAAGGGUCUGAUGCAGGAGCAUCGCAGGGUGGGGGGUUCACUGGAGAACCUCCAGGAGGUUUCCAUGGUGGAUUGGUCCCAAGGAUGCCUGAAGGCACCCCGCCGCUCAACAUUCCUAGGGGUCCAGGAGGGGCUCCGGUUAACCCUCCUGGCGGUUCUUUGCCUGGGGCCAUGGGUGGUCCUCCAGGUGCUAUGAGAGGUCCUUUGCCUGGUGGUAUGAGAGGACCUUCCCCUGGGGAUAUGGCAGGUCCUUCUGGUGGCAUGGGAGGUCCUUCUUCCGGGGGUAUGGGAGGUCCGCCUUCUGGGAAUAUGGGAGGUCCUUCUGGUAUGGGAGGUCCUCCUGCUCCAGGGGGCAUUGUAGGUCAUUCUCCUGGGGGUAUGGGAGGUCCUUCCCCUGCAGGGGGCAUGGUAGGUCAUUCUUCAGGGGGUAUGGGAGGGCCCUCCCCAGGUUUCAUGCAAGCAGGUCCUCGAGGGGGAAUGGCUGGUGGGCAUCCUAGGGGGCUGAUGGGUGCGCCACCAGGGGGAAUGUCAGGAGGUGCGCCUAGAGGCCCAAUGCCUGGGUCGACAGGUAAUCCGCCAGAGGGACCCAUCUCUGGCCAGGCACCAGGCCAAAGGGCAAUGUCACCAAGUCGGCAUCACUCAGGUGGCCACAUGGGUGUUGGUCAGGUUCUUGCAGGUCCUGCAGGAAAGCUACAAAGUGGAGCAGUGCCUCCUGCAUUCGGCGUGCAGGGGGAGUGGCCCCGUAUGCAACCACAUCCACCCGUGGCUGAUGUCAGACCGCCUCCACAGUUCCAGCAUCCAUCAGCCACGGAGUUGGAUGGGCCUCAGGCUAUGAAUCAAGGAGCACCGAUGCAGCGAAUGACAAACCAAUCAGGAGCUCGGCCUGUGCAUCCACCGGAUACGCAGUUGGGCCCAGGUGCACCCAGGCUGAACAUGUGGUCAGGCCCUUCUGUCAGACCAGGAGUUCAUUCCCCAGGCCAAGGGUCUGGACCGGGGGCACAAUCUGGCCCAAUGUCUGUAUUUAGGGAGCAGCAUGGCGCUACACCCGGAGGGGCCUUGCCUUCUAUGCUGGGGGGAAUGGGACUUGGAACCAGCAAUGACUUGAAGGCGGAGACGCAGGGGCGACCUGGCCAGAUGCAUGCUGGAGGACUCGGUGAAACAUCGAAGCCCCACAGUAUGGAGCAGGAAGGACCUGAGGGUGCAACAUAUGGGAGUGGGAUGCACGUUGGUGUGUUGUCAGGAGCACCACGAGGGCCGUUGGGUAGCCUGCAAAGUGGUCCUGGCGGGCUACAUGGUCGUCGAUCCCCUGGGUUGCAGGGUGGCAUGAUGACUGCCAUGGGCAGUGUGAAUCAUGGGAUGUCCUCUGACAUGCAGGAUGCUCUGUCAUCCGCAAUGGAGGGGGGACGGCAAGUCGCUAUGCCAGGUGGAGCAUCAGAUGGCCGGCAAGCAGGUCUCCUACCUGGGCACCCCAAUGCACAUCAAGCGGCAAAGCAAGGAGGGUCCCCAGUUGUUUUGCAAGGUAGACAGUCAGGAAUUUUGCCAGGUGGCCCAGCUUCUGGACCUGGAUCUGGUCCAUGGCAUGGCCCAGCGGUAGGUGCUCAGGGUGUUCCUGGCUCCUUGCCUGGGCGCGGACCUUCUUCACACUCAGGUCCUGGUGGCGACUUAAGAGAUUCGACGUCUUCUGGCAUUCUACGCACACCAUCUGGGCCAAUGGCUGCUUUGCCACGUGGACGUACUUCUGGGCUGCCACCUCAAAUGCCCUCUGCCCAAACUCCGCCACUACUCUCUAGCCCUUCGAUCGGUCCCAGGUCAGGCCAGAUGCAAGAUCCUCGCGGACUGCCUUCGGGCUUGUUUGAUUCAAAUGAUGGUGCAGCCAGUCAUCCUCAGAGGUUUGGAGACAUGGGCCCGUCUCCUCACUCGCCUUAUGGACAAGGUCUUGGCCGUCCGAGGAGUCCCGAACGGCUAGGAUAUCCCCAAAGAAACAUGUCGCCGCCGCCACCAGCGCAAGCAAACUGGCGAUACCGCAAUCACCCAAGCAACGCUCCUCUCUCCCCGCGGGAUUUGCAGCGCCGAUCUCCACCGUCUGACCGGUCACCCCCAACAUCGUUUGGUGGACACAGUUCUGCUUCUUGCUUUCCGUCCCACGGCCGCCCACGAACACCUCCAUAUAACAGAUCUCCUCCAGGCAGUCCCUCGUACUUCGCCAUACACUCCCAGCGUCAGUCGUUCUCCCCUCCGCGGCUUCAAGCAGCAAGUCAACAAGGGCAGGGCAAGUUUGGCAUCCUUGGGAAUGCAGUAAGGCAUCAUGGGGAGUCGCCCCCCAGGUCUCCAGAGAGGGGUCAUUUUUCUGCUCAUGCAAGACAGCAGGUGCCGGGGCACCAGAUGCCGAGUCCACCGCCAAUGGCACACAUAAGAUUUUUGUCACGAGGUGGGUCCAUCCAUCUUGCAGACGAACCAGGUUUGACCGAUGGCAGCGCUGGUGGUUCAAGGUACGACAUGCCACGGCCAGGAGAAUCUGGACUUAUCCGUUCUCAAUCCCCCACGGGAUCAGCAUAUGAAUCACUUGUUCGCGCACGGUUUGCACGCUCUCUGCAGGGCGGAGCAGGUCCAAACGGGCCUGCACGCCCCAUCAGUCCAGAUCUGCCUUCUGGCAGCAGCAUGCAAUCACGACAAGGUAUGUCACUGCCACCAAGCAGUGGCCCGAUUCUGCAUUUAACAGGCCCCGGAGCAGGAGGGGGUGGCAGUGCCGGUCCUCAUGGAGGCUUGAUUCGCAGGGAUGGGUUUGAUGUGCACAUAGGGCAGACACACUCGGCAGGGAUGUUGACCUCGAGAGACCCAUUCCCUGUGGAUGCCAGGCGAGCAAAUACGAUGGAGCGGGAGGAGUGGGGACGAUCUCUGCCACACCUGUCCAGGGGAAGUUAUGCUGCCAUGCACCCUGGCUCAUUACCGCCGGCUUCUGGUAUGCAAAACAGGCCAGGUGCGUAUGCGAAACAGGACACUGGAGCUGCUCAAGCAGGAAACACCUCAGACUCCGAGUACGAUCGGCUAAUGGCUGCUGUUGGGGUUACAUGACUUGGUGCAGCUCUCUGCAAGCAUCUUAUUGCACACGCCUCCAGCACGAUGACAGGGUAUGAUUGCUGCAACAAAUAGUAGAAGUCCAUGUGUUUUGCCAGUUUUCAGCUCUGGAAGCUGGACUAGUGCAUACUUUUCACCAACGGACAGAAGGACAGAAAAGACAUGUAUGCUGCUCUGUUAUUGUGAGAAUGGGUAGGAAACCCUCCCUCGUGUUUGCUCUUGCAUUUUGAGUUGUGGAAUAUGUAGUGUAGGCAUCCAGUCGAUAGAAAGUCGGCGCCGAUGUGGAUCCAACGGCUGAACGCCUCGUCAGGCCAUCUUGAAGGACUAUCUGGUUGUUCCCCAGAGCUCAGUGGGUUUGUUGGAAGCCUUUAGGGGGCCCUCACACUAGAACUUUCUCGGACGCAUGCGACUGCGUUUGCGUCAAGAUUCCUUUGAGAACGUUGUGGUGUGAGUAUGCUCUUAUAGCUAAUGGGGGGCCAUCACUCGUGGACGUGUGUGAUCGAAUCUGUUUCCAUUUUCGUCAUCAUUUUCAUGUUUUGCAUCUCGGCUGUUAUCCUUGGGGAGUGUGAGAUGGCGUGCCUCUAUUUCAGGUUGUCCCUUUCUGAGACAGACCCGACCAACCGAGCGCUGAUGGAUUCAUACUGCUUGUGAGAGAGAAUAGAGAGGGCAAUCGACUCAGAGUGAUGAUUGUGAUGUUCAGCCGGAUUGGUGACGAUUGGUGGUGAGGUAAGUGGUGAGGAUUGGCGAUGACAGUGGUGGUGAGGUAAGUGGUGAGGAUUGGGGAUGACAGUGAUGGUAAUGGCGGCGAUCGUCCGGUAGGUUGUUUGUUUACGGAAAGUAGUGAUGAUAACUUUUAUUUACGUCUUUUUGUCGAAGCGACCGUAUGCGCCCCUAGUCCAUCUUCCUGGUGAAAUGGCCAUAGCAAGGAGACGGUGUUUUCCGAAAGGCUUUCUGAGCUUUUGCUCUGCCCGCCAUGUACAUGACAUUUGGGAUUCACACCUGCUGCCUCAUUUGCCCGACUCGUGGUCACAUUUUCCUUUUCCCGCUUUCCAUUUUUCCUUUUCUCCUUUUUCCCUUUUUCGGAAGUUUUUCCUGCUUUCUUCCCUCUUCUCACUGGUCAUAGGGCCUUGAUCCGCUACGCCACAUUCAACAGGUAUCAGGACUGCGAUAUGGACCGUAUACAUUCGGAGCGAUCGAGCGUUCUGAUUGUACUAGGCCCAGUACCAGGUCUGCAUACGUGUAGAAUGGUGUGCAGUGGAUAUAUCCGUUUUGUUGUUCCAGAUGUC